AGCUACAAAGACUUUUGAGUUGUCUUAUGCAAAGUGAGCUCAUAUUAUAGACCACACAAGAAGAAAGUGAUUAUUUGUCAAGCUGUAAACCAGAAGCUCUCUCAAAACUUUAUUGGAGUAUUGUUAUAAAAUUAGCACUUCCUUUAGGUGCAAGGCUAGAACAAGUAGAAAAAUGGAUGCACCCCAAGUUCAACAGGUGUCUUAUGUCGAUCAUGUGAAACGCCGACACGAGGAAAAAGGAUGCCUUUAUGCUUGUUUGUUCGCAACGUGUUGCUGUUUCUGUUGCUACGAGACCUGUGAGUGCUGUUUGGACAUGCUCUGCUGCUGCUGUUGAUGACCCUCCUAGUCCUAGCCAUGGCAACCCUAUCUUACUAUGUUAGCAACAUAAGCUAAAGUGGAAUAUGUUCUCCUGUUUUGGCUCUAUAUUUUUGCCACUUCUUUAUUGUUACUUCCUCCCUCUGUAUAUUGAAAACUGUGAAGUUGAAUAAACCUGUUAGUAAGUAAAAACACCUUAGGAAAUUUAUUGGAAUUCUUUUUUUCCUUUUUCUUUUGGUAUAUAUUAUUUAAAGUUACUACAUUCUGUACCCGAGAAAUUUAAAGUACUAAGUGUCAUCAAAGUAGACCCUAAAUUUAGCGGUGUGCAGAAUUUGGUUUACCGAAAAAAAAGUUAUUGAUUUAGCAAUCUAUUUGGUUAAUGAUUUUUUAAGUUUUAUGGACUACCAACUCAAUUUUAAAUUUUAAGUUGUAUUAGUAGUUAAACCGAUAAUCCAAUAAGGCAUAAGAUCUUACUAAAAUUACCUUUAAUAAGUAUGUUUUAGUGAUAUUUUCUCUAUAAAAAAUGUAAGAGGCCAAACCAAUUGUGUUCGAAGAAAAUUGGUUUAACAGGUAAACUGAACCAGUAACGUGUUUUAGCCUAUGUCCUCAUUGGGUUAUUGGUUUAACCGUUAAUCAAACUUAAAAAUUGAAAUCAAGUUAGUAGUCCAAUAAAAAUUAAAAAAUCAUUAACCAACUAGAUUGCUAGACCAAUAACCCUUUUUUCUAUUCAAUUUAUCGGUUGAACCGAUUUUUGCACACCACUAAAUUCGGAGUCUGGACACUUAAUUUCUCGGGUACAGAAUGUAGCAACUUUGAAUAAUAUAUACCAAAAGAAAAAAGGAAAAAAGAAUUCCAAUAAAUUUCCUAAGGUAUUUUUACUUUUAAAAGUAUCCUACAUUCAUUUUUUACAUUAAAUUUUUUAUUUGGAGUGCCAAUUAUUUUCCUUUAAACUUGUACGGAGUUUAACUAAUUUUUUAAGAAAAAGUUGAAAAGUUAAAUAAUAAAGCGGAAGAAUUUCUUAAAAAAUUUGAUCUGUGUAUAAUAUAAUUGGUUUUAAAAUUGAUGAAAAAAUCAAAAAUGAGAAAAAAGAGGAAAGAGGAGAGGGAAAUGACUCAAGAGGAAGACAAAAACGUGGAAGAAGAAAGGAAGAGCAUAAGGUGGUGGGGCCUACAUUAUAAUUGUAAUAAAAUACCCUCCCACGCACCAUAUCAUACUUAUGCCUCACCUAUUGUAUACCAUCAAAUUGACUACUCCAGCAUGAGAAGUAUAGAGUAGUGUGUUUGGUAGGACGAAAGUCAUUUUCUAUUGAACUUUUUUUUUCAUCCUAGAAUAUUUUAUGGUAUUUGGCUGGGGAGUGAAAAAUUAUUUCGAAAAAACAUGUUAAUUAAUAAUAAUAUUAGCAAAUCCAAUGAGUAUUUCGAUGAAAUUUUUAGUACUAAAAUUUUAGUUAGGCAAGUAAUAUGAAGUCAGAAGUUAAAAGACAAUUGCAAAAAAAAUGACUUCCGCUAUCGAACAAUCCGAUUGCUAUGAGCUAAAUUGGCCUUGAAAAUGUUAUGGAAAACCAAAGCACCUGUCAAAGUUGCACUUUUGGAGAGCUGGCUAGGACAGAAGAUAACAAAGGGUCAGAGCUGUUUUGGAGGACCAUCCCUAAUAUGAAUUUUUUGGACUACGUGGAGAGAGAAAUAGAGCUUGUUUUUGAGAACAGGAAGAAUCACAUUCUAGAGUUAAGAACACCUGUUUACACAAUCUGUUUUCCUGGUGUAAGAGGAGUUUAUUAGAAAGUAUGGAUCAAUAUAUGGACCGUUCUGGUUUUAUUGGUACUGUUAAGUACCUUCUUGGUACCUUGUCUAAUAAAAUAAUUACCUUAUCAACGAAAAAGAAAAAUGGCUUCCGCUCAUAAGUGAGGGAAGUCGUCUUCUCCAUUUUGAGGGAAAAUAUUUUCCGUGGAACAUGAUCUCCGUCACACCAGAGUUGCUCUCAUGUUCUAAAAUAGAUAUAUAGCUAGAAAAAAAAAUACAGCAACCACAGUCCCAUAUUGGAUACUCACGGCUCGGAGGUAGGUCUUUGGCAUAUUUGAUGGAAAUAUUAAGUCAUUAACUGUGAAGGUUUAUGCUCAAAGGAUAGGCUCAAUAAGCACCAAGUCAGAGAAAGUAACUAGAGCAAAACAUAAAAAUUGACAUUUUUACCUACACAUAUGGUCUGAUUUACAGUAUUAAACUUGAAAAUACAACUGAAGACACGCUCAGGAGGAAAGAACGCUUGCAAGGGUCUAAUCUUGCACUAAAAUCAAUCAAGGAUCUAAAAUAGACCAAGUCACUUGAGCAAAAAUUUGUUCAGACAUUUUACCUUCACAUGUGGCUUAAUUUACAAUAAUACAUUUGAAUGUACAAUUGAAGACACUCUCAGGAGCAGAUGAUGCUGGCAAGGGUCCCAAUCUUUGCACAACAUUCAAUCGAGGAUCAAAAGUAACUCCAUAACUGCAGGUUUACCUUAGCAAGCGAGGAUGGGAUUUCUCCCUUCAUCAAUAUCAAUGAGAAGAACAUGCUUAGGAUCUGAGCCAGUAGGACCUUCCGAGUAUAGCGUGGGAAGGACGGUAAUGUCGUCUGUGGUUAAAGAUUUGCAUUCAAAUGGUGUGGAUGUAAAGAAAUCUGAGACCCCUUUAAGCAAUGGCAAUGUUCAUUUAGCAAAUGGUACAAAUCCAAAGCCAUUCAAGAUUUUCAUAGGUUAUGAUCCAAAAGAAGUUAUUGCUUAUGAGGUUUGUCGUUAUUCCCUUUUGAAAAGAUCAUCAAUCCCACUUGAGAUCACACCAAUUAAGCAAUCUGAGUUAAGGCAAACAGGCGUUUACUGGCGUGAAAGAGGGAAGUUGGAAAGUACUGAGUUUUCAUUUUCUCGUUUUUUGACACCCCAUUUGGCAAAUUAUGAGGGUUGGGCUAUGUUUGUUGAUUGUGAUUUCUUGUACUUAGGGGAUAUUAAAGAAUUAAUGGAUAUGGUUGAUGAUAAAUAUGCUUUAAUGUGUGUACAACAUGAUUAUACACCGAAAGAAACAACGAAAAUGGAUGGUGCUGUGCAAACUGUUUAUCAUAGGAAGAAUUGGUCAUCUAUGGUUCUUUAUAACUGUGGGCAUCCGAAAAACAAGGCACUAACACCUGAAGUGGUGAAUUCUGAGUCCGGGGCGUUUCUUCAUCGAUUUAUGUGGUUGGAAGAUGAGGAGAUCGGGGAGGUUCCAUUCGUGUGGAACUUCCUCAUGGGGCAUAAUAAGGUUGUUGAGGGUGAUCACGCUACAUUUCCUAAGGCGAUUCAUUAUACGCUUGGUGGACCCUGGUUUAAGGCUUGGAAAGAUUGUGAAUUUGGUGAUUUGUGGUUGAAGGAAUUGGAGGAGUGCAAGAAGGCAAAGGAGAAGGUGUAAAUCACAACGUGUAUUUUAAGGUAACCGGCUGGUGGUAAUUGUUGUAAGAGUUAUGUUCAGAGAUUAGAAGGUUAUGCCUUUAAUGUAAUCUUCCACAUUAUUCGUUUUAUAUUGUUCUCACUUCGAGAUUCUUCCUAAUUCAAGCCAAUAUUUUUAUUCUGUAUUGCCACAUUUGUUAAGCAGACAUUUAAGUCAUCUAGAGUUGUUUUGUAAUUGUAAUAGAUGUCUAUUAGCAUAGAAGGUAGUAGAUUGUGUGAUGAUCUACAAAUUUAUUAUUGAUAUCCAUUCCUGAUUUGUCAUUUGGUUUUAUAUAUGAGAAACCUUUAUCCCCUCUCUACAUGGGGGAGGUUUUGUUGCUUUUAAUUGCUUCUGUAAUUUGGUUUUAGGAAAUGCCCUUUCUUCCCUCUCUUACUGCGAGAUGUUUCUGUUCUUUCAUUGAUUC